AUGGUGGACUUUGCCGCCGUCAACCCAAUGGAUCAGUACUUCCCCAAACUCACUAAAUGUUGGCUAAGGAACUAUGGGCCCAGUGGAGGGCUUCAACUCAAAGACCACCUUUGUGUAUUACCCCUCAAUAUAGUUAAUGAAAAAAUAUUUGUUAUCUUAUGGUUCUGGCUCAUCUUUCUCACUUUAAUAUCAACAUUGGCCGUUCUCUACAGACUAUUUGUUUUAGCAUUCCCUCCCUUUCGCACUGCACUCAUCAUGAGUCAAGUAAGGCACAUCCACAGAAGUGUUGUGUCAAGGAUUGUAAAACGUUUUGGUUUUGGCGACUGGUUUAUCUUAUAUUUACUAGGAUGCAAUAUGAAUCCAAUAAUAUAUAAGGAGUUAAUAAUUGAGCUUUCUAAAGAAUUAGAUCACAAAACUGUGAUGGUAUGA